UACAACAGAAAGAGAGAGAGAGAGAGAGAGUGGAGAAAGGGAACACCAGAGUGCCGAGAAGGAGGGAGGGAGCACUCUCUUUUGGAGAGGAGAGGGAAAGUAGCAUAGAGAGAGGUAUUGGAAGCAGGAAUGAAGAAAUAAGAGAGAGAUUUGGAAAAGGGUGCUUCAUAAAUGGACAUGGAAGACUCUGCCGGAGGAGCUCGCAAAGCCACCAAGAGUAAACUGUUUGAGUUUCUCGUCCAUGGAGUGGCAAAGGAGGGUGUGUUGCAGAAGUGUGUGAGGAGCACCCUGGGGGCGCAUCGCACAUUAAAAUGUAGCUGUUAUUUUAUUCACGGCGUCCAGGGAUGACCUCAGGGGCACGAAUGCCCCAUCAAGGAGCUCCCAUGGGGCCUCCUGGACCUCCGUAUGGAGGAACACCACCGAUUCGGCCAGGGAUGCCUAACCCGGUUUUGGACCCCAACCGAAAACGGCCUGCCCCGACCCAGCCUGUGCAACCUCCUCCCGUCCAGAACCGUCCCAGAAAGAAACCACUUGGAUUUCCAGCAACAAAUGAGAUAUCUGCCAGACAGAUGGACAUGAGAGAAGCCCAGUCAGAUCAUCAAGUUGCAUCCAAUGCCAAGAGAAGAAAAAUGGCAGACAAGAUUCUCCCUCAAAGGAUCCGUGAAUUGGUGCCAGAGUCGCAGGCGUACAUGGACCUCCUGGCAUUUGAACGCAAGCUUGAUCAAACCAUCAUGAGGAAGAGAGUGGAUAUACAGGAAGCCCUCAAAAGACCAAUGAAGCAAAAGCGCAAGCUACGGUUGUACAUUUCAAACACAUUCAAUCCUGCCAAACCUGAAGCAGAGGACUCAGAGGGCAGCAUUGCAUCCUGGGAGUUGCGUGUAGAGGGCAAAUUGUUGGAUGAUCCUGGGAAACAAAAGAGGAAGUUUUCUUCAUUCUUCAAGAGCCUGGUUAUUGAGCUGGACAAGGAUCUGUACGGCCCUGACAACCACUUAGUGGAGUGGCACCGCACCCCGACAACCCAGGAGACAGAUGGCUUUCAGGUGAAGAGGCCUGGUGAUGUGAAUGUGCGCUGUACUCUGCUGCUCAUGCUGGAUUAUCAGCCUCCUCAGUUUAAAUUGGACCCACGCCUUGCUCGUCUCCUGGGAAUCCACACUCAGACCCGCUCGUGCAUCAUCCAAGCAUUAUGGCAGUACGUCAAGACCAACAAGCUGCAGGACUCUCAUGAGAAGGAGUACAUCAACUGUGAUAAAUACUUCCAGCAGAUCUUUGACUGUCCUCGACUGAAGUUCUCUGAGAUUCCCCAGCGACUGACCAACCUGCUUCUGCCACCUGAUCCUAUUGUGAUCAAUCAUAUUAUCAGUGUCGAUACAAACGACCAGAAGAAGACAGCCUGCUAUGACAUCGAUGUUGAAGUCGAUGAUCCUCUCAAGAGUCAAAUGAGUGGAUUCCUGCUGUCCACAGCCAAUCAGCAAGAGAUUGCAUCUCUUGACAACAAGAUCCAUGAAACCAUUGAGUCCAUCAACCAGCUAAAGAUUCAAAGAGACUUCAUGCUCAGCUUCUCCAGGGAUCCUAAGGGCUACAUCCAAGACUGGAUCUGUUCCCAAAACCGAGACCUUAAGGUGAUGACGGAUACAGCUGGGAAUCCAGAGGAAGAGAGGAGAGCAGAGUUUUAUAACCAGUCCUGGUCUCAGGAAGCUGUCAGUCGCUACUUUUAUUGCAAGAUUCAACAACGAAGACAAGAGCUUGAACAAACUUUGGCGAUGCGAACCACUUAGACACUUCACAGUUUCUAGAAUGGAUUGACAAUUGAUUUCUAUCUCACGUGGUUUGGGCAAUAUUAGUCUAAUGCUGCUGGACUAUUCUACUCGGACGUGAAAAUAUUAGAGAAGCCCUCCUUUUUACUGUGCUAUGGACUGAUUUUAACCAGAAGGUUGUGAGACAAUGAAAAUUCUUUUUUAAAUGUAUGUGUAAUGUACAUUUGAAUGUAUAUAUUGUCACAAUACAAUGAACUUAAGAAUGUGGCUUGAAAAGAAUCUUAUGGAAGUUUUGUCUUAAAAUGUGCAGCAGGUGAUGUAAUUGUUUUAAGAUCUGAUUUGAUGCACACAAAGUGCAAACAUGCUACUGAUUCCCACUUGCUGAUUAUUAAACUCUAGGAAAGGUCAAAAUAGAAAAAAUGAAACUUUUUGAUGACUGGGACUUUAACGAAAAUGACAUGCUAAAUGUUAAUAUGUAUUUGUGGAUAACAUGUUGUUUUUCUACAAUUGAAUAUUACGUGACGUUUUGCUUAAAGCUUUCUUUCGUGUGUUUUGCUUGUGAACUUGCACUGUGAAAAAAAGAUCGCCCAGAAAUCCACUGGAGUCAAAUGUGUCAGAAUACCGUUAUUUGCAAUAUAAAUUACAUCUAUUGUCAUGAUUUUUAUACACUCUGAACGCUAUAAAUGAUCUUUGAAUAUGUCGUUUUUAGACAUUCUUCUGCUAAGUAAAACAAAAUGUGAUCUAAAUAUACUGUGUGCUGACAAAAAUCUGUGUGUUACAGACAAUAAUGCAUGUUGCAAGAUAAUUAUUCUGUUUCUAACUUGUGUUUUUAUAAAGUUUUCAGUUUUUCAGCAUGAUUCAGAAAAUGUUUUAAACUUUGUUGCCUUAACAAAGAAAUCACUGAGGAUGCAGAGGAAGAAUUAACCAAAGGUGAAAUACAGUUGCUUUUUUGAAUGCAAAUAAAUUA